AUGAGAAAUGACAGAGGAGGGUCGUCAUCUUCAAGUAAAGGCAAGAAGAGUAAUUCGGAGAAGCCUAGGCCGCCCCGGAGAGGGCUUGGUGUUGAUCAAUUGGAGAAGAUUUUACAUGGACAAAUGGGUUCAUCUUACCCUGCAGAUUUCAACCACGAAGACAUGAAAGCCCAGAAAGCUUAUUCAUGUUUUUCUUAUUCAUCAACUUCCUUGGCUUCUUAUUGUUUCCACCCCACCAUGAUGGAUUCGCAACCAACAAAGAGAAAGCAGAGAAACAACUCAAUGGAACCCAGCAGUCAGAAUUCUGAAUCAGGUGAUGCACGAGAGCUAGAUUUGGAGCUCAGACUGUCGUUGUAA